AAAAUGAAGUUUAUCUCAAUUGUGCUCAUCAUAUAUUUAGCGGUGUCCUCAUAUGCUCACUUGACAUCGAAACAAUAUGACACGGUCAAAGACAUCGCCGUCCUGUGCGCUAAAGAGUUGGAGAUCAAACUAAGGGACGGUUUUUUGAUGCCAGGAUUCUACGAGGGAGCUCUAUUCGACGAUGUGGGAAAGAACAAGCAAUUCAUAGCUUGUUUCCUAAACAAGAUGGGUGCAGUGUCAUUAGGUGGUCAAAUCUUGGGCAGUAAAGUGCUGGAGUUCAUGGCUGACGAACAUGAUCAAGCCAACCUGAAGGUCACUGUUGAAAAGUGUGUCGCUGUCGGAGGUGAUACGUUGGAAGAAAGAGCAUAUAAUUUUCAUAAAUGUUUCUGGGAAGAACGGAUGGAUGAAUCUAAAUGAGGUUAAUAAUUCAAAUUGAUUCUGUUUCAAAAUAACCUUAGUAUUUAUUUAUUACAUUAUUUAAAAUCUACGCUUCAUUCUA